AAUGUUUAAUAGGUUUUAUAUAUGUUCCCUAUGGAUGCUUAUUAAUAUAUCCAUGCACCUCAUAUUUAAAGGUUUAGUGAUCUAUCUUCAUACUAUAUAUAAUUAAUCAGUGGAAUCUCUGGUUAGUGAUAAGACAUAGGUAGUCACGAUAGAUAAAAACAGAUGGAGUCUUCAAAGUAUGACUGCUCUUGUGACCGGUGGAGCCAGCGGAAUCGGGUUUAUAUCGCUUCUAUACUCUCUCUGUAUGCAAUAGUAGAGGAGUUGGCUGGUUUUGGAGCUAGAGUCCAUGUAUGUGAUAUAUCUGAAGUUAAGCUUAAUCAAAGUUUAAGCGAAUGGGAAAAGAAAAGGUUUCAAGUGAGUGGCUCAGUCUGUGAUGUGACAUCUCGUCCCGAGAGAGAAAAACUGAUGCAAACUGUAUCCUCUCUGUUCGGUGGCAAACUCAACAUCUUAGUAAACAAUGUAGGUGGAAUUCGCAACAAGCCAACGAUUGAGAAUGUGGCAGAAGACUUCUCAUUCCAUAUCUCAACAAACUUGGAAUCUGCUUACCAUCUUAGCCAGCUUUCUCAUCCUUUGAUAAAGGCUUCAGGAUUUGGAAGUAUCGUCUUCAUUUCCUCUAUCGGAGGUGUUGUAUCGAUGGCUUGCGGAUCCAUUUUUUCUCUAGCCAAAGGAGCUCUGCAUCAGCUAGCUAAAAAUUUGGCAUGUGAAUGGGCAAAAGACGGCAUAAGAACCAAUGUUGUUGCGCCAAAUGCUAUCACGACUCCCCUGUCUCAACAUUUUCUUGACGACAUCAGUUUCAAGGAGGCAUUGUUGAGUAGAACUCCACUUGGCCGUGUUGGAGAGCCGAAUGAAGUUGCAUCACUAGUGGUCUUCUUGUGUCUACCUGCAGCUUCAUAUAUCACAGGUCAAACUAUUUGUAUUGAUGGUGGUCUCACUGUUAAUGGAUUCUCCUAUCAGCCACAUGCUUGAUAAUCUCCUUGUUGCGUUCUGUUUUCUUUUUCCUAAACCCUCAAUGUUCUCUCUCUAAUAAAAAUCCUCACGCUGUGAGAUUAGUUUGUACGUGAAAACAUAAUGAGUUCACAUUUCUAAGAUGCUAAUCUAGCUUGGAUAGAA